CGGAAUCUCCACUAACGACAUCUACUCAACUAAUGUUUGACGAGUCAGCGAACACACGUUCGUGUUUUUCCUCCAAUAAUCGAAUGUUAAUUGGGUCAUACUUUAAAAUUAUUUCCUGUUUUUUUAUUGUAUUGCCACUGUUGUUGAAAGUAACGUCAGAAAACCUAACAAUGUCCAAAUUAGUCGGUGUUGAUUUUGAAGUGUACGGAAGAGUGCAAGGUGUCUUCUUUAGGAAGUACACUCAGAAACGUGGAGAAGAAUUGGGUCUAAAAGGUUGGUGCAUGAACACUAAUAACGGUACAGUUGUGGGACGCAUCGAAGGAGAGAAAGAUAAAGUAGAACAAAUGAAGCAUUGGCUUCAAUAUACUGGUAGCCCCCAGUCAGCGGUAGACAAAGCAGAAUUUCGGAAUGAGAAAGAAAUAUCAGCACCUUCGUUUUCCAACUUCACGAUUAAAAAAUAAAUCUUUAUAUAUCGUUACAUAUAAAGCUGUUUAAUUAAGUAUUUCAGUUUGUGGUAUUAAAUUAUUAUUUAUGUACGCGUGAAUGAAUUGAAAUAAAGUUCAUUGUGUUAUAGAAAAUCGUGUCAUGGCAUGGUAAAUGGCAUUUGUUCAGGCAAACAUUCGAGAUCCCGUUACUCUAUUAUCUUGGAACUUCUUUGUAUAGAAUGCGGUUACCAUUUACUUAAAUGUCAAACGUUUGUAUAUGCGUCUGCGUAUUUAGAGUCAUAAUGUAUGUAGGUCUGGUGUAGGCUUAAAAGUUCUUUUGUAUGUCACACGAGAGCUUCAACAGUCAAUGUUACACGCUUCGUACGGGUUGUUGCCGCUAUCGGCGCGAACUUCAUUAGUUGUUGACCGCACACCGUCGAGUGCGCUUCAAAACUUUCGCCUGGCGAUCAUUCCUACAGAUGCGACUGCACUUUAUAAUCUUGCGGCACCGUUCACAAUCGCCUACAUUUCUUUUAAUUUCCGCCUACGCUUAAAACCUUACCAUUUUAUCAAUAAAUCUACAUAGUACAGUUGAAGAUUUUCAAUUUUAACUAUGCAGUGAAGUGUUGAAAAUUUUUUUAAUUUCCAUCAAAAGAGUUGAUAUUGUGCGCAACCUAAUUAGGUGAAAGCGUUAUAGUAAUCGAAACUAAAACAAAAAAGAGCGGGGACAAUAGUGUAUCAAUGAUCACGAUAAAAAUGCUGUGAUUAACAAA